AGGGAGAAAAGGGCGCGGAAAAGCGAGAUUGGGAAUCUGCUGUGGAACUCACGUGUUGAAAAGAUUACGUUAUAUUUUAAGAAGUACCUGCUUUUUGUUUUUCGAGUUCCUUACAUGAAAAUCACUUUUAUUUCAAGAUGCUUUGAAGAUCAUUUCAACUGUUAUGAAAUUCAAGUUCAAUUGUAUAUAGUCAGAUUGUUUCUUGGUUAUUGUUAACUUAAUACAAAGUUGAGUAAACAGUUCCUGUCACUUAUCGUUUUAAUACGGUACAAUGUUUUCUCCUGAAACAUUACCUGAUAUUAUAAGAAAAGUUGAUCAGUGGUCACAAGAAGAACUUGCCGAAAACAUCAACAAUGUUGUGCCUGUACUCACUAACUCUCUCAAGGAUGUGGAACAGAAGUCUUUGUCCAUACAAUCCAUAAAUAUUCUAUUAGACCGAUGUCUUUUAUGUGUUCCUGUUUCCAAAAUUAAUUCAGAUAUCUUGCAGUAUGCUCUUCCUUCUGCAAAAGAAAUUUUUACUGAGGCUUUGGAAGGUAUUACUGUUGUGCUACAAGAUGCUGAAAAUUUGUCAGAUGAUGAAAUGGAGUUGACGUUGGAAAGCCUCCAUCACGUGUGUUUUGGACUCCUCAAUCAGUUCAACAAUGUUCUCUGUACAAUAUCAUCAUUGUGUCCUCUUCCAGCUAUCAAAGUAGCUAGUGUGCCAUGCUCAGUUCUUCAGAUACUUGGAACAGCCUUCUCCCAUUGUCGUAACAGUGAAGAACUAUAUGGAUGUGCUCGAGAACAUCUGGCAGGAUUGUUUAAAAACUCGAAAACGCUCCUUUCAAAUUUGGAACCUUUGUUACAGACAGGUUUGCAAUUCAAUUUGAAUUGUGAGGAAGAUGAAAUUCUCUUCAAAAAUGGUAACAAUAGCCAGUGACUGUGGGAAUAUUUGGAAAAUAUCAUUCAAUUCUUAAGUAUAAAUUUUUUUUUUUCUUGUUGGGUGUAGUUGUAGAAGCUUUGGGAAGUGUUGCAAAAUUCACAACAACUCUUGGUGUCUCUGUGCAAGUUGUUGCUUGGAAAAUGUAUGUUCACUUAGUGGAAAAACAUAGUGCUUUUCAAGAUUUGUGGGCUUCAUGUGAUCUCUCUUCUCCUGUGGAGACACUCUCUACUUCAGUUGCAGAUAUAUUAACUGAAAUGUUUGAAGCAGUAAGUCAGUGAAAAAUGAUCUAUAGUUUUAAAUCUCAUGGGGGUUUCAACUGAUAAAAAGUAUAUUUUCUAGCAUUGGACGGAUAUCUCACUAGGAAUAAAAACAUUGACUGUUUUGAGUUUUCUGGUUCGAGUCUUGACAAAAUUAUGCUCUGUUUUUACUGGACAUUUAACAGAAAUAUGUAUGCCUUCAGUCAUCCGACUCUUGGAACUCUUGCAUAGGAUCUGUGUAGUUGAUACCUGUGAUAAACAAACAAAAUCAUUGCUAGUGAGAGAAUCUGAAAAAAGAGUUGGUGUAGCUUCUUCAAGUUUAAUAUUCUGUCUUUUAAGUGAUCGUUCAUUUGUGCAGACAUACUUUUCUAUCCAGAAACAAAAGAAACCUAAUAAGUUUUGGGGUUGGCUAUUGAUGGGGGCAAGUGUGUGCCGUGCUCUUGUGAGUUGUGAAUCUGAAAUUAGGAAAUCUUGGAUGUGCAACUUUGAGGACAAUAUUUUGAUGUCUUUAUUUCAUCUUCUGGGAUACUGUCACAAUGACCUCUGUGGUGACAUCAAAUUCACAUUAGCAAGUGGUCUUGGAAAACCUGCACGAGUUGUGGAUCUAUAUGAACAUGUACUGACAACUGUUGGAGCUUUUCUUUUGGUUGUACCGCCCAAUAGUUUCAAUGUUAUUGAGUCAGCAUUGGUGAAAAAUAUCUUGCAACUUGACCAUUGGAAAGGAUUGUUUGCUUUGGAUCUUUGGUGUAUAAUAGCAAGACAGUCCCCGACAAGUGUUAGAGUGAAUCACGUCUUAUUUGUACUUCAGACUCUGAGUUCUCAACAGCCUGUUAAAUGCAGCCCCAUACAAAUUCAUCUGCGACUUCUUCUCAGACGUUUGUGGACACUUCUGCCUUCACAGCAACAAGAAAUUUUAUUAAAUAAAUUCCCUCCUGCUUUAUUAUCACAUGUGUGGGAAGGAGUGUGUCUUCAGUCUUCAGAAACUUUUGAGCCAAAUGGUGCUCUACGUGAUGCAAAGGCUGCAAUAGAAAUUUUUCUUGCAAAUCCUAAUAUUCAUUUAUAUAAAGAAAUGGUAAAAAAAAUGAAGUACACAGCAUUGCUUUUGUCUGAUGAAAAUAAUGUCAAUAAAUCAAUAUCCACUCAGUCAAAUUUAGCUUCUUCAUUGUCUUCACUAUGGUUGCUGAUUGGUAAUCCAUUAAUGAAAUUUGCAAGUGAAGCGUGGCUCUUUGAUUUCUUUUGUUCUGUAUGUGAUCUUACAGAACUAUUGUGCACUGUGCUUAAAAAUGUUCAGCUUAUUGAUAUUCUCAAAAGAUCAUUGAAUAUUUUUACGAGUGGUGCAUCGCAUUUUAAAAUUAAAAUAUUGACUCUGUUACGUGCCUUUGCUGAAAAGGUGUUUGAAUUUGACACCUUGCAACGAAAUGUAUUCCAGGCAGUUGUCAGUAUUUUUGUUGUUGCUCUUCAGGACAAGAAUUCUGUUGUUCAGCAGGAGGCUCUGUGCACAUUUGAAUAUUUUGCUCAUGUGACAACUCAUGAAGAUAUAAUAAAAAUUUGUUUGAAGAGUAGUGAAGGUUUACAAGAACAGAUAACAACAUAUUUGAAGAAAACUCCUAAUUUUGUGCCCAGUAAAACUAUAUCCAACAAAUAUGCUGAUUAUCUGAAAAUGCAGAAUAAAUGUGUAUUUACCCAUCAGUGUGUUGAGAAAAAGAAGAAACCUUGCUUUAGAAAUACUGCAACUUCGGAGAAGAUUCAUAAACUUCCUUUUUAUAUCCCCAGUAACCCAGAAGAUGGGAUUUGUGAACCAGAUCUAUCUAAUGCUAUUCAAAGACUCCAAACAGAUUCACAGUUUGUAUUGAAACACUGCAAAUCAUCUCAUUUAUCAAAAUUGGUUAAAAUGAGGUUGUGUGGAGAAAUGCACUUAGUGAUGAAGUCAAUCAGUGAAGCUUGCCAUAUAUUAAAAGAAGAAUUAAAAUUGGUGUGAUGUGAGAAAUGCUAAUAACUGGGAUAAAAAUAUUUUUUUAAGAUAUAAAAUUGUUUAAUUAUGCUAAAUAUGGGUGCAAGUUAUGCAGAUUUAAUUUGACUACAGUGGUGAUGUAUAGUUUAAAAAUGGCCAGUUUACUGAAAAGUACAAAAUAUAUUUGCAGAGUGAGCUCUGUUUUGAAUAGAGACUCUAAACUGUUUGGAAAGCAGCAUUUAUUUGAUGGAUGUGAUGAAACGUGUUGGAACUCUGAUCAGGGGACUCCACAGUGGAUCCUUAUAGAACUGGAAGAAGCAGUUUCAAUUUCUACAUUUUCUUUUCAAUUUCAAGGUGGUUUUGCAGGAAGAGACUGUGAAGUAGAAGGUGGAAUUGACCGAGCUAGUAUGCAAGUAAUAGAAGCAUUCUAUCCUGAAGAUAAUAAUACUCUCCAGUCCUUUAAGUUAUCUAGACCUUUGCAGGUGAAGUGUAUACGUUUCAAUUUCAAAUCUAGCACUGACUUUUUUGGACGAAUUAUUGUGUAUAGAUUGGAAAUUACUUCUGUAGAUACAUGAACUGAAUGUCAGUGUGUUUCUUUGCCUGUUGAAUGAAGUAUUUGUGAUCUUCACGCUCUGAUAAAUUCUCCAUCAUGUUGAAUGAACUGUUUGUUAAAAUAUUUUGUUCAUUGUAUUGAAUAUUAUUCUUUUUUUUUAAUAAUGCUGUUGUAAAGUAUUGUAUUCUGGUAACAAAAACAUGGGAGAGAACUGCAGGUGAUGUUAUAUUGUAAAAUAAAAGAUCUUCAUUUCUCAAAGUAUUAUUUCGAUGUCCCUUUUUGGAAUGUAAUGUUUCAAUUAUUAACAAUUGUUCCUUGAGUUGAAUACUUUUUUAAAAAUUGUUUUUAUUAUUUUGAAGGCAACAUUAAUUUUUAUAUGAAAAUAAAUUAAACAAUCUAGAAAAUAUUUUGUCUAAUGAGUAGAGAACAAAUUUAUUUGCACUAAUGUGUUAAUGCCAUCAAAACUUUGAAAACAUACAAUAAAAUAUACCCUAAUGAAACAG